AGGCAGAGAGCAGCUUUCCCGUUCGUUCCAAGUUUGGACCCAUAAAAGAAAAAAAAAAGAAAAUGGGUAAAGGAGAGCCAGUAGUUCCUACUCUUGAAUUCCCUCCUCUUUACCCAGUCUCAACAUUUCAACGAUCCCUGCCACGAGUCCAUCUCUAAAUAUAGUAUAUUCUAAACAUCUUAAAGUGGAAAUCUCACACACAAAGUAACGCUACCAAGGUGAUUUGCUUCUCGGGCUACACAGCAGUUGGUGAAAAGGGGAGACUGUGGAAUGAAGGAAAAGAGGAGGAGAUAAAAAAAGGAGCAGAGAGAGAGAGAGAGAGAGAGAGAGACUGGUUGGGGGGUUAAAGAAAAACAACAGGAAACCGAGCGAUUCUAAUGCUGUUUCUGCAAAUCCUUCCGAGAUAAAGCAACGGACUCUGCCACGUCCCCGGGCCGAGCCAUCGCUCACGGCAGGAAUUCUCAUUGAUCAUCUCUUUUAUUGUUGUCCAUAGAUUUUCUAGUUGAAAAUGUGACGUCACUUCUGCUCUCAGCCUCCAACCGUGCGGUUUAUCAGAAUGUGAGCGGAUGCAGUUUUUCGGAGCCGUUCACUGGGGUUUCGAUGCGGCUGCUUUUCUGACCUACAAACCCGACCUCCGCCGGGGUCCUAUGGAUCGAUCGCCGUGCCUCCAAGGAUCUGUUUGUUUUAAUCGUCGGGACGACUAACCGGAGCCACAUGAAGAAUAAAGGGACUAAACAGAAGUCCAAGAAGAAGGGAAGUGAGAAUGUGUUCGGCUGUGACCUGAUAGAACAUCUGCAGAGCUCAGGACAAGACGUUCCUCAGGUUCUGAAGAAAUGUGCAGAGUUCAUUGAGGAGCAUGGAAUUGUGGACGGUAUCUACAGACUCUCGGGGGUCACCUCGAACAUCCAGCGUCUCAGGCAGGAAUUCUGCUCCGAGGCGUGCCCUGACCUUACAAAGGAAGUGUACCUCCAGGACAUCCACUGUGUGGGUUCCUUAUGUAAGCUGUUCUUCAGGGAGCUGCCCAAUCCUCUGCUCACCUACGAGCUGUACAGCAAAUUCACCGAGGUGGUCUCAGUCCAGGGGGAUCAUGAGAGACUUUUACACAUCCAGGGAGUCAUCAAAGAACUGCCCACCCCUCACUUCCGGACUCUGGAGUACCUCACCAAACACUUGGCCCACCUUGCCACCUUAAGCACCCAAACCAACAUGCAUACACGUAACCUGGCCUUGGUCUGGGCUCCAAAUUUAUUACGAUCUAAAGAUAUUGAGGCUUCGUGUAAUAAUGGAGACAUGGCUUUCCAGGAGGUGCGGAUACAACAGUCAGUGGUCGAAUUUAUUCUCAACCACACAGAAGAGAUCUUUAGCAAUUCGGUGCAAAUAAAACCCAAAGAAGGUGUGACGUGCGGGGAGAAGUACGCCACGCUACCGAUCAGUGGCCAGUGUGGGCCGAUGAAACUGAUGAGCCUGGAAGAAGCUCAGGCCCGUUCCUUAAGUCCAGACCACCCCGUGCAUAAAGAGCGUCAGCGGGAGAACAGCCUGCCUAACGCCAGCACCGCCACGCUCUACCACACCGUCAUAGACGUGUUGGACAGCAAGAGGAAGUUUUCUGGGAAAUCCAAGAAGUGGAAGUCCAUCUUCAACCUGGGACGCUCCGUGGAAUCAAAGGGAAAACUCAGCCGGAACGGCAGCGUGUUCAUAAGAGCACAGGGGACCGAAAAGGCGGCUCUUCGUCCAUCCAGGAGCAUGGAGUCGAUGUGCUCCUUACCAACAGACAAUGACGGAUCAGGACACAAAGCCAGUGGGUCCAGCAGCACCUCCGUUCCAGAUGUCAAGUCCAGAACGCUGGGAUCCGACUCGCUCUUUGAUCUGAGUGAACACGAUGCACACUGGGAGUUUAAAGGGACGAGAGCCGGCGGGGCGACAGGUGGCUGGAGCUCUAGUGCGGACCAAAAGGAGUCCCCAGAGGCCUCCGCACCCCCUCAAAAAACACUGCCGGAGCAACUGAAGGUGUUCAAAGGUGACGACCUCAGCGGCUACAAGCCCACCUCUCCGAAAAGCAGGAGGAUGUUGUACUCGGGCUCCUCCCACAACAGCUCCUCUCGGCCCUCCUUCCCGGGAAGCUUCUUCCCGCUGGAGUCCUCGCCGAGGCAUCAGCGAAGAGCCGUCAACAUAUCAGAGCCCUUCGCCGUGUCCGUACCCCUGCGCGUGUCCGCGGUCAUCAGCUCCAACAGCACGCCGUGCAGGGCGCACGUCAAGGACAAAGCUGCCUCUCUGAAGCCUUGCAAAGAGAGCUCGGAGCACAGCGGCAACAGCGGAAGGAGCAACACUUUCCCCCAAGUGGAACCCAAGAAGCAGGAAGGAGCAGAGAAGAAAAAGCCAGAGGGGCCGCCCUCGAGAGUCCUACCACGGGAUGCAAGCAAAGAAGUGUUGCAACGAGGUCAAGGAGAGGUGAAUACUUCUGAACUGGAACCAGCGUCCUGUGGAAAUGGCAGAGAGACAGCGCCCUCUCCUGGGGAGGAAGGGCACAGCCAGCAGACUGCUCUGCAACUGGACGAGGGCUCUUCUCCUGGGAAAGAGCUGUUGUCUGACCCUCACCCGGAGCUGAAGAUAACUGAGCCCGAAGCCGACCUGCUGGCUGAGACCUUCAAACCCGUCUUCAGCUCAGAGAGCACCUGUGGGGGAAGGAAGUUGACAAUGGACGUUAAGUCAAAACAGAGCCGCAGCUCUCCGUCCCUGUCGCUGUUAUUUCGGGACCAGCCUUCGUGCCCCCCUCUGAGUGAUCACGUGACUUCCCCCACUGGGUCGGACUCGGUGCACAAACAGCCCUCAGAGUCCGACAUCUCAUUUUCUCGUUCCAAUAACACUGCAAAGCUACAUUUAAAUAUAAAACCCUUUGACAAAGAUGACACCAAACUGGGCCGGCUUCCCUUGACAGAAUCACGUCUGGAUAAAGUUACGAAUCCUUUGACGGCGGAGGACCCUCCAAGCGCUGUAAUCCCCUCAGGAGCAGAUGAUACCCACAAAGAUUUAAAGAAACUUGAAAUCCCCCAAGGAGACAAAAAAAGCGAAGAUGCAGAUGCAGCGAAGAAGAGCGCGAUUCCCGCGGUGGAAGUUAUUCAGAGGCUGUUGGUGUGUUUGGAGGCGAGACGUGCCGCCUUGGAGCUGCCGAACCUCCACCACGACGAAGGAUGUGGAGGAAUCCCCGAGGAGCUGGACCUGGUGGAGCCCUGGGAGGAUUUCAGCUCCACCAAGCAGUGGGUUACCAGUCCGCUCCACUCACCCGACGUGGAGGAGUUUUUUAAGCAGCUGUCCCCCUUCGGCUCGUCUCCUAUUGCUUCCCCUCCGGUGGACAAUAACAAACAGAGUCUCAUUAAGAGCACCGAGCAGUCCUCGGGGAGCAUUCCCCCGACCUGCAGCAGCGGACCAGAGACUAAAGGGGCGUCGGGGAUGGGUGUGAGCAGGGGUAUCACCGCGCAACCUCACAGCGGGAAAGGCAGCGCGACAAGACAGAAGAACACGGCAUCAUCUCAGAGGUUUUACAGGCAGAUGUCCUACGAGGCCGAGAAAAGAGCGGAGAACUGCUUUUCCAAACGCAGGCCGUACUCACUCAAUUUAGACCUGGGCCAUCGAUGCAUCAGAGACAUUUCAAACCAGCAAGACCGAAAUUCGUCAGAGUUUUCCUCUGGUCAGAGUGGAUUACUGACCUCCUCGGAGUCCGUGAAUAACAGGCUCCCCUCGGAGCUGGACUUGUUCCUGAGUGACCGGCAGGCGCCCCUACGCCGGAACUCGGCGCCGGUCAGCGUGUCGUCGGUGCGCACGGCCUUCAUGAUAAAAACGUGCCAGGCCAAAGCCGUGCCGGUCGUGCCCCCGAAGGUGCAGUACAGCCAGAUCCCUGCCUCCAGGCGCGAGAAGGACGCCGACGCGGCGAAGGAGCGUCCCAAAACGCCCGCGGAGAAAAGCAGCGCGCCGCCCCCGCCGGCGAUGUCGGACCUGCGGGAGGAGCUGGAGAACAAAGAGCCGGCGCCACCGGCGCACCAACGGCACCCGCAGGGCGCCGAGGCCGCCAAGGCCAAGUGUGCCGGCGAGCUGCCGGUCAUCACGAGGAGGCACGCGCCCAGCCUGGAGGUGUUUGUCGAUUGUCCCAGGCCCGGCAGGGGCAACGUCUCGCAAAGGCCGUCCUUCAGGAACAGGCAGAGACCUCAGAGCCUCAUCCUGCUCAGCCCUCCCUUUCCCAUCAUGGACCACCCCCCGACGGGAGACGACGGCAAGCCGCCGCCGUCCCUCAGGGGCCCGAGCGACGCCUCGGCGGCGGGCGUCUUUUCCAGGGAGGCGGCGGACGGCCUACGGGCGCCGGAGGGGAUCGGCCUUCAGAACAAAAUGACCAUCCCCAAAAGUGGACAGAGGCUGGAGACGUCAACCAGCUGCUUCUACCAGCCGCAGAGGAGGUCGAUGAUAUUUGACAGCAGGAGCCACAGACAGAUCGAGUGACAAGGAGGCGGCGCUGUGGCUUCACGCAGGAAAGAGGAAGGCGGGUGAUAUGAUGUCGAUCAUAUCGCUUUGUUUGCUAGGAUUCUCAAACUUCGGAGAGAGGAAGGCUUUGUAAAAUUUCCGAUUUUUGACGCGUUUGAGAAGGUGUUGAUUCAUGUGAAAGCCGUUUAAACUUGACUCGAGAUCUAGGGCUGCAACGGAUGAUUUAUUUGAUUUAGUCAAUUGAUUGUUUGGUCGUUAAAAUAUCAGAAAUUGUUAUUGGGUUUCUCAGUGCUCAACUUACGUUUUAAAACGGCUGGUUUGGCGGAAGCCAAAAGAUAUUCAGUUUACUGUCUCACAAAAACAACAUAAGAAAUAGCCAAACAAAAGGGAGGAUUUACUCCUCUUAAUAGCUUCUUCAAGAGGUUUAAACUUCAUCUCACAGUCCCUCUUGGAGGAUGGAGCUCAUUCCGUUGUCACGGAGGCAGCUCACUGGGCGAGUGUCCGUCCACUGAGGGAGACACGGGGACGAAAUCUCAUCAGAAAAGCUUUAAGGGACUAUGCUUUAUUUAUUUAUUUUAUGUCUUAUUCAAAGAGGUGUUUUUUCAGCCUCCGCCAGUCUAAAGCAACUGUUGUCUUGUCACCAGGUUUCUGGUGGGCAUCAAACUGUUUGUGGUCGUCACUGGAAAUGGGGAUUCAGGGCCUUUGUAUGUUCUAUGUCUGGAUUCUGCUAAAAAAAAUUAAAAAAAAUCUCAAUUUUUGAAGAAUCAGAAUGAAAAACCAACAAACCAACCCAUGCCAUCAGUGUCCAUGAUGUUAUGACGUAUAGUUGUAUUGUCUUAAUUUACUGACCUGUUAGCAGCCAGAGUUCGUUCUGUAUCAGAUUGCGACCUCAUUUGAAUAUUCUGAACUGAAUAUAUCUUUGGACAUUAAGGACUAAAGGAAGAAGAAACUUAAGAACUAACUAAAAAACCAUUGGACAACCACACAUUUGAUGGGUUUAUUUAUUCCUUUAUUGAGAUACUCAUGUUAUGAAGUAAACAUGAUAUAUCCUAUAUGUAUUGAUUGGCUCCGUGACAAGGUGAUGUCAAUGUGAUUUUUUUUUUUUAAACUAAUAUUUAAAAGGAAAUUGUUUUUUUCUGAUUUAAACACAUCAAGAGGUUUUUCAUUGCAUUUACCCCUUCAACUUCAAUUCAAAUGUAUCUUUGUUUUCCAUAAUUGUGUGAUAUUUUAUGGCUUUCUUUUUGUUUUCUGUUUGUUUUUUGACCACAACAACAAGCAGUAUUGUAGAAGAGAGUAUGUGAUGUUGUGAAGAGUAAAACCCUGGAGCUGCUGACAGGGUUUGUGCAAGCUGACUGUUUUUUUCCCGUGUUUGAGUCAAAAGAUGGCCUCUCCAGGUUUAUAUUCAUUUUCCUUGGAUUUAACAAACAAAGGAUCUGAUGUAUUGAGCUUUAUCACCCAUGAACAUAACAUAGUUUGGAUGUUAAAAAGAGUCUCUGGUGUGUUUUCAAAAGUUGCAGAUGUUAUUGAGGUGACAGUAUUUUUUGUACUGAAGUUUGGAUGGAAAGGAUGGAUGAUUGCACUUUUUUAUCCAAAAAAAAAGUUUGAGAAAGGAGAAUUGUUUUUUAAAUAUGUUUUGUAACUUGUAUACUUGUUGAUACUGAAAAUGAUUGACUGAAUCGUCUGUAUUCAUAGGGGGGAAAAAAUGAACUGAGAAUCUUUGCUUAAAGUAUCUGAUGAUGGCACCUGAAAUAAUGUAAAAAAAAGACACUUGAUGAAUUUUAUUGAAAUCAAACGUUAUGGGAUUAAAAAGUUCUGAAAACUUUC